UUUGCAUAUGCUAUCAAGUUGGCAGGGCUGGCAUUCGGUCUUGCUUCGCCACAAAAAAAAUUUUACACUAAAAUUUUGUAAAAUCAACGAAAACUUACAAGUGCAAGCAAAUUGUGAGGCUAUUGUACACACAAACCCAUAGCGAAACGUUGCCUGCAUUAAGUUAACAACAACGGUACACAACUAUUAUUGCAAAGCGCAGCGUGUUCCCUGGUUUAUUGUUGGUGUGGUGUAAGCAAGCGGAGGAGAAACGAUCGAACUACAAAAUUUCUACUACGACGACCGCCAAAGGAAGCAGAGCACUCUCAACCCAUUCUACACCCCGCCCAAACGCCAACGAAGGUGGCAACGACAAUAACAACAUCAAACAACGGCAUUGUGGCAACUUCCCCGCCCUCCAAGUAGUAAACAAAAGUCAAGCAACAAAAUAAACUAGCAAACAUGGAUGUGUUUCUAAUGAUCAGAAGGCAGAAAACAACCAUUUUUACGGAUGCCAAGGAAAACACAUCAGUUGUUGAACUUAAACGCAUGAUCGAAGGCAUCUUGAAAGUGCCACCAGGCGAUCAGCGAUUAUAUAAUCAGGACAAUGACAUCAUGGAGGAUGAUAAUACGCUGCAGGAUUACGGCGUUACGGUAUCCACGGCAAAGGCGCAAGCUCCAGCGCAAUUGGGUUUAAUGUGCAGGAAUGAAAUGGGUGAUUUUGAGACGCUUGAUAUCACACCAUACUCAGCACCGCCGGACUUACCAGAAGUGAUGAAGAACCAAGAGGCCUCAAAUGGACAAGAACAAGUCGCAUAAACAAAACUAUCAAAAGCGAAACAUUCAACAAACAAGAUCGACAGCAACAGCAAACAAUUCAAUCAAUCAAUCAACUGCUGCAUGCGAGAGACAAAAAUUAAAAUGUUGAAAGAGUCAAAUUUUUACUAUCGUAACGCUCGCUUGUUUUUUCCCCUAAAAACAACAAAGUCAAAAACGCUGCAAAACAUGUUUCUACUCUGCCUGGUCAAAAAAACAUCAACAAACAAACAUCAAACAACUACAAACACAAGAGAAACAUAAAAGCAAACAUCAUGAAAAGCUAACAAAAAAUAUCUAUGCAUUUUUUUCGUUGAUUAUAUAGCAAGGAACAAUUUAAUUAAUUAACAUAAUGCAAACAAAUUUUUGUAAAUUGGAAUAGGAUUUAUCAUCUUCUUUA